CUCUCGACAACGUCCGCUCCUGUAUUAUAUCUCUAAUUGACGCUGUUUAUUGAAGCACAAAAUGAGCCUCGCUGCUCCCAGAAUAGCUGUCAAGACAGCGUUGCCCGUGCGCAUUGUGAACUCUUCCGCGCCUGCUACACGACGCUUUUCCACGGCAGCACCCGCGCAAUCAUGGAGCAAGUCGAAACUGCAUCACGGCCGGGCAAGCUCUGGUGGCGCACAGAAAAGGCCAUUCCAUGCCACCGCCACUGUUCUCGCCAAGGACCUGUAUGCCACGCUCGGAGUCGGCAAGAGCGCCUCUCAGUCGGAAAUUAAAAAGGCCUACUAUGGUCUGGCGAAAAAAUAUCACCCAGACACCAACAAAGACCCCGGAGCCAAGGACAAGUUCGCCGAAGCACAAUCCGCCUACGAAACGCUCUCCGACGCUGAAAAGAGGAAGGCCUACGAUACAUAUGGCGAUGCUGCCUUUGGUGGCGCCGGUGCUGGAGGUUUCCACCCUGGCGCUGGAGGUCCCGGUGGCAACCCGUUCGCCGGCUUUGGCGGCUUUGGCGGAGGUGGGUUUAGCGGAAGCGCCGGCGGCUUCGGAGCAGGAGAUUUCAACUUUGAAGAUCUUUUCGGAGCAUUUACUGGUGGUGGGCGGCGGGGUGGACGUGGCGGGCGGGGCCGGAGUCCGUUUGAACAGGAAAUCUUGGUGGGAGACAACAUUGAGGUCCAGACGCACAUCAGCUUCAUGGAUGCGGCGAAAGGAACGCAAAAAGACGUCUUCGUCAAUCCGCUUGUUCAAUGUAAAUCUUGCACAGGCAGUGGAUUGAAGAAGGGAACCAAAAAGUCCGAAUGCGGCGUUUGCGGCGGCACGGGUCAAACGGUCAUUAGCAUGAGCGGAUUCAAGCUCGCAACGCCAUGCGGAGCAUGCGGUGGCGCAGGUGUUUCGGUGCCGAGGGGCUCGGAGUGCAACAGCUGUCACGGAGAGGGAGCCGUGAGGGAGAAGAGAACGAUUACGGUGGACAUUCCGGGCGGUGUUGAGGAGGGCAUGAGGCUAAAAGUCCCCGGAGCAGGCGACGCUCCUGCAACGGGCGGAGCAACUACCUCGAACCCUCGUUCGCAAAACGGAGAUCUCUACGUCUUCAUCCGAGUGGCAGCGGAUCCCAAGUUCCAGCGCCACGGCUCGGACAUUCUAUUCACGGCAAGUGUUCCUCUGACCACCGCUGUACUGGGCGGUGAAAUUCAGAUCCCCACGUUGGAUGGAGACGUCAAGGUCAGGGUCCCGACCGGAACGGGCACGGGCGACAAGAUCACGCUGGGCGGCAUGGGCAUGAGGAAGCUGAACAGCCGCCGGGGCAACAACGGCGACCUGCAGGUUGAGUUCAAGGUCGCGAUGCCCAAGUAUCUAAACGCCAACCAGCGCACGAUCCUGGAGAUGCUGGCCGACGAGAUGGGCGACAAGACGGCCAAGAGGGUCAUGAACGUUGGGGAGAUGAGCAAGGAGCCCGGCACGUUUGCGAACGAGGCGGAGAGGGAGAAGCACAAGAACGAGGGAUUCCUGAGGUCGGCGUGGCACAACCUGACGGGCCAGCACAAGCACAUUGACGGCGAGGAGGCGCCGGGCAGCAAGAAGAACGAGGACGAUGAGUCAAAGAAGUCUUCUGGGUCGGGUUGAGGGCGCAGUGUAUCAAGUAUGAUAUAAAGUGCGGUCUGGCGUUAGCGCGGAGUAGCAUUUGGAGCAGGCAUAUCCACGGGCGUUUAAGUCAAAAAUUAGAUAUGUAGUGUACUGUAUCUAUGUAGACCAUCUCUUCUCAGAAC